AUGCGGCCAAAGCGAACAUGCCGCUGCUGGGAAAGGCGACACACGGGAAGGGAAAACGCGGCGGCCGAGAGCAGCCCUGUCCUCGCCGAGGAGCGGCUGCGGCCCUUCUGUCCCGGGCGCAGAAUGAAUUCUGCCGGCAGCUUUCACGGCAAGCGUCGCUUUGGGCUGUUUCUGAGGCCGCCGCGGCUGGGCGGUGCCAGAACCUAUUGUUUCCUCAAGGUAAAAUCUCAGUUGGAAGAAAAAGAAGGGAAAACCUUUGAUGUCUUCACUGCAGUGGAGUUUAAAACUCAGUUGGUUGCUGGAACAAACUACUUCAUCAAGGUCCAUGUUGGGAAUGAGGAGUUCAUGCACCUGCGGGUGUUCAAGAGCCUCCCCCACGAGAAUGAGCAGCUGAGCCUCCACAGUUACCAGGGCAGCAAGACAAAGCACGAUGAACUGGCUUAUUUCUAACAACCGUCUCUGCUGUGUUUCCCUAGCUGGUUCUUAUGUGCAUUUUCUACAGGCUGCAAAAUGUUGAUUCCUGUGCCAACAAAGGUGGAAAAAAAAUGCCUUUUUUUUAACAUCAUGGUGGAAAAUAUCAAUUUCUUCUAUGCCAUUCCCUUCCUGUGCAAUCUCCAAAACUGAGAGUCACAGGGCUCUCCUAUUACCUGCACUAAUGUAAACCCUGCUUCUGUUGCAACUUAACUUAGGCUUUAGUGCAACUUAAACUUAGUCCUGUUUGUGGACUUCCCUGAUCUGGAAAUCGGAAGGAGAAUGACACCAGCACUCAUAUAUUUGCAGCAAGGAACAAGAGGAAAGCCUCAGUCUUUUCUGAGCUGUUUUGCAACUGUGAAUAUAUGUGUAGAUUUAAAUUGUACUUUUGUAUUUUAUGGGCAAAGACCUGAUGACAGACUCAAGCUGAAGCAAUUUUGCAAGGAAGAGAAACUACUUACAGAAGUUUGAAACAAACAUUCCCUUGGUAAUCAUGCUCUUCCUUUUGCAGCAGUAGCAUGUAAUGUCCCGUAGAGGGUGUGCAAGUUUAAAAUACCAAACUAGCUUGCUUAUGUUCUCAGUCCUAUGGAAAAGUCCUGGAAAGGAACUCAAGCUGGACAAGCAUUUCGGCAUUUAUAACAAUAAACAUUUCUUUUGACUUGA